AUGGACGGUGACUCGUCCAAUGCGCAUUCCUACCCGAGAGAACGGCGGCCCCCAUCGCACGACCCAUCUUAUCGACGAAUGACUGGUUCGCGCGAUGAAGCGCUCCGGCUCCGCGCACUCCCCGACUCGAUGCAGCGCUAUCCGCGGUCCGACAUCGAGCCUCCUCCGUCGCUUCACACUCAUGGCUCUACAGCAUGGACUGACCAUGAGCCCCCACCUCUGCCAACGUCAUAUACUUCUCGCGACGGCUCAGCACUGUCGCACCGGUCGAAUCCUUCUUAUGCGCGACCAGGUCCAACCACCGCUCCAGACUUGCCCCGUCCGUCUCUUUCCUCAAGAAUGGAAGGAUACUAUUCUGAACACCAACCAAGCUUUACUUCCUCUCACGACGGCAGCAUUUCGUCUUCGCGCCAUCCAUCCCGUUCCGCCCGCUACCAAGACCGCGCCGCUUCCAUCGAGAGCCGCACCUUGAACGUUGCCGGAUCACGUGAUCCAUAUCGUUCCGCGAGACGGCCUUCCGACGAUCCCGACAGGUGCCCUGACGGCUAUGCCGAAUCUCCCUAUUAUCCCACACGACCUCAGCCUCCAGGUCAUGGCGCUGCUCCGAGGUCAGAAUCCGCGUCAACUCGUGCGCGUUCGCCUCGCGCAGUGCCGUCUGCAUAUUCCGGCACAAUCCCAUCACGACGUAUCAGCAACGCAUCUCAAUCCUAUUCCGCCGAAACAGCAGACCCACCUUUACAUCGAGACAAGAGAGCUCGGCUUGAUCUCUAUUCGCAAAGAGCGCAACCAGUCCAGAAAGCCCCGCUCCAACCUCCACCUCUACGCACCUCGUCGUCGCAUCGCUCUGUCGCUUCCGCCUCGAUCGAUUGGGCGGAGCGCUCUGUUGCGCAAGAUCGUCGUCCUCACGAUUUCGCCGAUACACCCUUUCACGCAGACGCUGCCGGCGAAGGCGUCAGGAACGUCGAAUGGUCUGAUCCAGAGAGAAUACAGUCAGGUCGACGCGCCUCGGCCCUAUUACACCACACGUUGGAUACUGGUUUUGGUGUAAGCAGCGAGGCACAACCGAUCAACAGCCAAUCCGGCAAAGUCAAGAGACGCAAACGUGCGGUGCUCAGCUGUACCGAAUGCAAGCAGCGCAAGAUCAAGUGCGACCGAAACGUUCCCAACUGCGGAAGUUGCGUUCGACGUGGCGUAGCCCAUCUCUGUCGAUGGGGCGAUGAACGUGACUAUUUGCCCGCAGCGCCGACAAACAACAUCACCCCUUCUAACGCCGCCUUGAUGGCCAGAAUCGCUCAACUCGAGUCCCAGCUUCGCGUGCUACAAUCGUCUUCAUCUUCACCCUCUGCAGCGCACGAGGCGGCAGCGUCGGAACGAAGCUCAGUGCAACGUCCCGUGUCCAAGUAUAGUGCCUCGGCGUCGUCCACCGGUCCAUCGUCUCGCUUCAGUGCUCUCUCAAGCGUCCAGAAUCCACCCGACUUCACAAGUCGGGAUCGAAACACUUCUGACCGGCCAGCUGAACGCAUCCCCCUCGACGACGACGAAGAGGAGGAAGACAGCGAGCAGAGUGACGAAAGCGCCGAAUCGGGCGCCGAGGAUGCAGGCGAUCUCCUGCGUGUGCUUGCUCAAGGAACUUCGCUCAAGAGCAACAAAAAUUCCGCUCAGCCUCCGCGCGAUCAGACAUCUUCGGCCCGCUCGCAUCAAAUCGAUCGACUGCCCGAGGACGGUGUACAUUGCACGGCACAAAGUGAGCAUCUCGAUGCUGAUCUAAACUCCAAAGCUGGUGCUGGAAGCGGGAAUCGAGUCUCACAUGUCGCUGGGAUGAACCCAGGGCUGUUGCAGGAAGAUGCGCUCGCACCUGCAGCCCUGCUCAACAUCUUUACCUCGAGCACAUGGAGCAACGAUUCUGGAAACCUUCAAUCCGGUCUUGUCGAGGCUCUCAAUCUACUUCCUCCGCGCCACAAAACAGAGGCGCUGGUCGAUCACUAUCUGCGCGAAGCUGAACCUAUCGUUCACUCGAUCCACAAGCCUUCCCUCUUGCUAGAGCUUGACCGAUUUUGGGUUGUGCUCGAUCGGAUAAAGGGAGCUACCGGCUCAGACACUCCGCCAUCCCUUCCGGAUGUUCAAUUUGGAGCCAUGCUACUUGCCAUGUGCGAAUCCGCUUGCGAGUUCAUGACGCCCGCCGAGGUGCUCGACAGCGAGAUCUGCAAGUCGCGCGACUCAAUCAACGAUCAGCUCACCUUGCUCGCUAGGUCUUGCCUAGCUUUGCUCGGUAUAGGCCAUUUUGUGCGUCACCCUACCAUUUGGGGCAUGCAGGCUGUGAUUCUGCUGCGUCAUUACUCCUUUAACCGCGAUCAUCGCGAAGAGUACUCGGUUUUGGCGACCAUGGCCAUCAGAGCGUCCGAAUUCAUGGGUCUGCAUCGACUUGGCUCGGCUCUCAAGGAUGAAGAGCGCUGGGAGAAUGAGGAGCGCGAGUCUACCCGUUCACAGACUGCCAACGAUGGCAAGGAGUCUGGAACUUUGUCCACGCAUCGAUGGAAGAUGCUCACUUCAACUCAGAUCUGCGAUGGACACGAGUCUGAGUCGGACGGUGAAGAUCUCGAUCCGGAUCGACGCGAGAGAAAAGACAUGAAUGCAAUGUGGCUCCCUCGUGGUGCCAGGCGGAGGAAUUGGGAUGUUGCUGCUACAAAGCGCUACAAGGAGGGCAGCCGGGUCAAUCGAGAGCACGGCCGCAAAGUGUGGUUCGCUUUCGCUACCUUGGAUUGGUUAUGUGCGGCCCACUUUGACCGAUGCUACCAUAUCAAGGACGAAAUGUUCACCACUCAGAGUCCACAGAACAUCGACGAUGGCGAUGUAAUGGACACUGAUCUUCUUUCAGCCGGGAUCCAAGAGGAUCGCAUCGGCCACCGCCAUCGCAUCAGCAAUCCCUUCCUCGAUAAGAUUCGCAUCACCAACAUCCCCACCACGAACAGCUUCAUCCCCAUUCACAUCGAGAUUUGCCACACGGUCCGCAGCAUCGCAGAUGCUCUCAACCACGGCGACGAGUCGUUCGAUACGGUGCUUGCUAUCGAAGAACGCUUCCGCGAGAUCCUGCGAUCACUUCCACGAUUCUUCAAGUUGGAUGGAGAGAGCGAAUACGAUCCCGAGAUCCAUCGGUUCCACCAGGAGAGACCGUACCUGUCGCUGCAGCGUGCCGUCAUCCACGAGUACGUCCAUCAUCGUCUGCUCAAGCUCCACCGUCUCUACUUGAGUCGAGGCUACUGGAACGCCAAAUACAUCCAUUCGACCCGCACCUGUAUCGAGAGCGCUCGAGUGGUCAUUGGAAUCCUGCGUGCGCUGGAUAAUACAGGCUGUCGUGGCCAACGAUACUGGAUCUUCAAGUUCCACAUCUUCCAUGCCCUACUAGCUUUGCAAGUGGAUCUGCUGUAUUUGGCUAGACAACCGAUGAACCGCGAGAUCCUUGACAAGCGUGCCGAUGUCGUCAGCGGGCUCAAGAUGCUGCAUGCCAGGACUGAUGUCGAAGGGCGCAAUCCUGUGCUGGCGUCGUCGCUCAAAGUGAUCAAGGUUCUCCGAGAAGAGGAGCGAGCGCGUCGAGCCAACAAGGCAGCGGGUGCCGAGGCGUCGGCCGAGUCCGAACACCCGGGUACCAGCUCACCGAUGGGAGACGCAGGCUCGCAGAAGAAGACAAAGCCACGCCAAUGGACGGGCGCGUCGGAAUCUACCGGAGAUCUGGCGAAUCAUCUAGAACGUCGUGUCGAAGAGACCUGGUACACUGUGGAUAUGAGCAAGCCGCGAGCUCAGACAGAAGCGGCGAGCAAUUUGGCAGUGGAAGUAGCCUCGCCUUUGGUUCAGGACGUUUCUCAUAGGGUGUCAGCGGUCGUAUCGAAGCCAUCCACUGAGGACAGUUCGUCGAUCCACACUGAUGCGGACGCAGUGACACAGAGGCGUAAGCUAAGCAAAGCUGCAGCGGUGCACGGUGAGCUUGCAGAGCCCGCCGAUAGGCUCGUUUGCGAGGAGGGACGUGAUACCGAGCUCGACGACUACCUCAAGCUCUUGUCUUCGUACCAGAACCCCGAUGAUGCUCCCGACGGUGCCAACUUCUUCGACGUUCUCGACGACAUGGUCUUCGAAAACGGCCCGGCGAACAAGCUCAAUUUGAGAGGAUCCGCAAUGGCUCGCGAGCUCGCGUCGCCUUUGCCGAUGCUGAGAGGCGCGAAUGAUCUCGCUGCCGCCGGCGCGGGAUUUGACGCCUUUACUGCUGCAUGA